GAAUAUGUGACGGUUGACAAUGACGCAAAUGACCCAAACCACAAUCUCUGACAUACCCAUUUCCUUCCCAUGCUCCUCUACCCAUGUCAUUAUCUUAACCAAAGCAACCAUUAAUUCAGCUUUACAAAUCCCCAGAUGCAUUUAUUAUGUUAAUCAAUCUCUGUGCUAUAUAUAUUAAUAGUAUAAGCUAGAAUAAAAUUCCACUUAAGUUUCUUCAAAGUAGAGCAAAAAUGGAGGUGAAUGGGGCGGUCAGCAUUCCCAAUACUGGGAAUUCUCGUUUUUUGAUUGUGAGUCAUCAAACUGGUGGAAUUGUUGACCUCCUACGCUUCGUUGUAUUGGGUAACAAAGAAAGCGCUGAUAAAUUUCUUCAGUAUUCCGACGGUGGUGUGGUGGAACACUUGCAACGUGCCGAUGACAGUGGCAGAGGUGGUGGUGGAGCGGUGCCUGAUCAUAGAUGGAUUAUAUUUGUGUCCGUUAUAGUGAGGAAAUUAAUCGCCAUUUUCGGCAAACCCAUGGAGUGGUUUGGAUAUAUCUUAGAGUUCAUCCUCAACCUUCUCUCUCUCAAUGGCAACUUUUUUGGCCUUUUCUACAAUAUCUUGCAUGGAAAGGUGGUGAUGCCACAGAGGGGGUCUGAAACAUUUAUAAGUGCUAUUGGGCAUUUGGAUGGGCGGAUAAACUUAUACAAGAGUGAGACGUUAAACAAGGAAAUUGGGGAGCCUGAUUUCUGGCAGAAAAAUGUUCAACUUGGAAUAGGACACAGAGCCCUUAUGGACCUCUGUAUGAUGGCUUCAAAGUUGGCCUAUGAGAAUGCAAAAGUCGUUCAGAAUGUCGUAAAUAUUCACUGGAAGAUGCAUUUUGUGGAUUUCUACAAUUGCUGGAAUGAUUUCCAGAAAGAGAUGUCCACCCAGGUUUUUAUAUUGUGCGAUAAGCCAAAAGAUGCAAACUUGAUAGUCAUCAGCUUCAGGGGCACAGAGCCUUUUGAUGCUGAUGACUGGAUCACUGAUUUUGACUACUCUUGGUACGAGAUUCCAAAACUUGGGAAAGUGCACAUGGGAUUCUUGGAAGCCUUAGGUUUAGGGAGCAGAGCGAAAGCCUCCACAUUUCACGAACAACUGUUCAUGAAUAAUCUGAAGUUCACCAAAUUAGAAAAUGAUGCAACUAUUGCUCCUUCAGAAAGUUCUGAAUCUUCUACUACAUUCAAUGAUUCUGAUGGACAGAGUGUGUCAGACCAGUCCUCUGACUCGGAGCGGCUUACUGAUACAGGCUCAAAGAAAUUCAAACUAGAUAUACCAGAGAGGACUGCAUACUAUGUUGUUAGAAGUAAACUCAAAAGGUUACUCAAAGAGCACAGUAAUGCAAAAUUUGUUGUUACAGGCCAUAGCUUGGGCGGAGCAUUAGCUAUAUUAUUCCCGACAGUCCUAGUGCUGCAUGAGGAGAUGAAUGUCAUGGAACGAUUGUUGGGAAUAUACACAUAUGGUCAGCCAAGGGUCGGGAACAGGCAGUUAGGGAGAUUCAUGGAAGCCCAUUUGGAACAUCCAGUCCCAAAGUACUUCAGGGUUGUUUAUUCCAAUGAUCUUGUGCCAAGAUUACCUUAUGAUAAUAAAACAUUCCUGUUUAAACACUUUGGGAUUUGCCAGUACUACAACAGCUUAUACAUUGAACAGAAUGUCGAUGAGGAGCCAAACAGAAACUAUUUUGGGCUGCGUUUUCUGAUACCGCUGUAUCUGAAUGCUUGGUGGGAGCUAAUCAGAAGCCUUGCAAUGGGUCACAUGUACGGAUCCGAGUAUGAGGAGUGUUGGGAAUCAGUCCUGCUUCGCGCGCUAGGACUAUUCCUUCCUGGUAUUUCGGAGCACAGCCCAGUUGAUUAUGUGAACUCCAUCAGACUUGGAAAGAAGAGAAGUGCCUAAAUGUCAUCCUUGUAGAAAUGUCUCUGUCACAAAAUAGUGGGUUUUACAGCUACAGAAGAUCGUGUAUUUCCUAUGAGGCUUGUGCAGUAUGUGUCCAGUUUAGUUUUGGACUACAUUUAUUUAUCGAAAGUUAAUUAACUUUUUAUGAGUUCAGUGAGCUUGUGUGUUCAAAUAAGACUUUCCUUUGUAGAAUA